CUAAGGCGGGACUAGAUGUCUCAGUCUCCUGGUUUCUAGGCCAACACCUUAACCACUACACCAAACUGGCUUUUGGAUCCAGUUUGGAUCCAAGAUAAUUGAAUCCAGAUACCCAAAAAUUGGAUCCAGAUAAUUGAAAACCUGAUUUGCCUCAGUUCCCCCUCUCUUUUCUAUUGGAAAGGUUAUAGAGACUUCCAAAUCCAUGUGAGGUAGUUUCUGCUUUUGUCUGCUGUUUCCUCAAGAAGAUAUGACUAGACUACUUCAUCCAUGGCCCCUAGAAUUUCUGUACAGGGGCUGUGGGAUGCAGCUAAACUUAACAGCCAAUUUAUGUAUUAACUCUAGUAAGACUUUUGUGUGCUGGAGAUCCUAUGUGAGCAAUUUAUGCAGGUGAACAAUGUGGCCCAUAUACCACAGUCCCACGUUUAAGGGUAUCCCUGGUGAAAUGGGUGGGGCAACCUUAAAAAAUACAUGAAUUUCAUGGGUUUUUCGAACAAUUUUGGACCAUAAGGCUGAUUUGGUUGGUGGCAUUUUCCAAACCAGCUCUCCAUUGCUUCUUAGACAGGUUAUUUCAGAAUAAGUGGCUGGAACCACAAGUCCAAGGUAGGAAAAAGGGUCACUCUAGUAUGAGCACUAUAGAAGCCCCUUCUAUGCUUUUAUAAAAUUUUGGUUGUAGCCUAUAAAAUAGGGGAGGAGGCAGCAGCCCUAUAUUGGAUGUCUGACACUAAUAUUUCUUACACAUUUAGUUAUAAAUAGUUUAGCAGUUUGUCCCCAGAAAUGUCAUGUUCUCCUGUCUUGUGUCCUAGACCAGGGUUCCUCAACCUUGGCAACUUGAAGAUGUGUGGACUUCAACUCCCAGAAUUCCCCAGACAGCAUGUUGGAGUCCAGACAUCUUCAAGUCGCCAAGGUUGAGGAACUCUGUCCUUGACUAUCUGUGUUUUAUGCCAGUCUUCCUUAGUCCUUGUGUCUUCAAACAUGUUGGGACUACAACUCCCAGAAUUCCUUGCUAACACAUUGCAGUGCAAGCACAUUUACAUGUAACCAGGGAAAACGUUUUUAUUUGAAAUAAGCUAUUAAUAUUGACUACCAAUAUUUUUAAAUAAAUGGAGUAUAUUUAUGACAAUGACAAAGUGGUCGUCUUGUUUGUGUUCUACUUUCAUUCUGAAUGCUUAAUAAAUGUUUGAUUUUCAGGGUACACACACAUGAAUGGCAUGUUUACAGUUGUGAUGUCAAAAGUGGAUUCAAGCAUCCAGAGUUAAUUAUUUUGUCAUAAGUUGUCCUCUUAAUUUUAUGCAAUAUUUUGAAAGAACAUAAAUGAAAAAGGUUAUACAUAAGAAAGAAAAGUAUAAGAUAUUGUAUGUAGGAAAACAGAAACAUGCAGAUAAUUAUACUUAUAGAACUUUAAAUGGAACAUAACUUGGUUAACAUAGUACAGAACACCACCAAAUCUCUAAGCAGUAAACGAUACGUUAGAUCAAUACUGAAAGUUAUAAACCAAAUUAAAGUAUAAUUUAUAAAUAAACCAAAAUUUGGAUGUGGCACAAAACCAUAUAUAACAUCAUAAUACAAGAAUGGUUUCCAGAAACUUACACUCAGCAUCAGAUUUACUUUUUAUGUAGAAAAUUAUUCCUGUCAUCGAAGCAUGCUCCCACAAUUUAGCCAUUCUUCCAAAGAAGAAAUUGUAGAAAGCAUAUAAAAUUGUUGCAGCUGUUAACAUAUACAAGAUAAUUCAGUGCAUUUUGGAAAUAUAUGGUUUAGAGAAAUUGAAUGAAAAUAUCUCAGUUUGUAAUGCAAUUACAACCUUCAAAAUCUGUCCCGUUUUACUGUGAAUUAUUCUUCAGUAUCAUUGGGCUUUACAAUGUUGCUGCCACAUAUGAAAAAAAGAAUCCAGUCUGCUCAUGACAUUUCCAGAAAAUUUAUUUUAGCAAUCAAGACUGGAAUAAUAUACCAAUGGUAGAACAUCUAACAUCAGUUCUAAGUAUGAUGAUCAAAGUAAAUUUAAUAUUUGUCGUCCAUUGAAAUUCCCACUGUUGCAUCUUUAUAACUCUGUUCAAGUUCUGCAUCCAUUUUAUCAUUGUCUUUUAACUGGUUCAGAUUCUGAAUCAUAACUUCAGUACAAUUUACAGACUGCACCUUAACUGAUGUUCAGUAUUAAAUAUUAUAAGGUUUUCAAAUUCAGUCAAGUCCUGUGAAGUUCCCCCUUGUUUCUAUAGUUCUUUUGUUGCAGCACGACUUACUUGAAGAUAUUGGAACCAAUCGAAUGUUUGGUAAGAGAUGCAAAAAUGUUUAUCUUUGUCCUAUUGCGAAUACAAUCUUACAGUCUAAACAACUAUUGUAUUGUUAUCUUUCUACUAAGCAGGUUUCAUAAUUUAUUUAUUUUCAUGAAAACAAAAUGUCUCAUGUGAGUAUAGGAAGUGGAUUUAUAGUCUUGAAGGCACAUGGCGAAGCAAAUUCAUUGAAAGAUCUUGGUUUUGUCAGUGCUUUGAUGAGAGAUCUGCAGAGCUCAGCCUCUUCCUCAUGGGCGGCGGACGCUGCCGCAGAGCCUCAGGCCACGGUCAGCCCGGGAAAGAGCCUGGUUUGGGGUCCCGGCCUCGUGGCCGAGCUCACCCUGCCCGUCCGUUAUUUCUACAUCCAGGCAGCCAGCACCGACGGACGCAACUUCAUCCGUUCCCCGCCAGAUACUGCCACGCAGUUUAAAGUGACAAUCAAACUAAUCUCCCCAACAGAAACAAUCCACCAUGUUCCGCAGCUUCUAGACAGGAACGAUGGGUCUUUUCGAAUGCAAUAUUGGCUUUAUGGAAGUGUUGAGGAAGGGUUAAAAGUGGAAAUCCUUUAUUGUGAUGUACACAUAGCUCAGUCUCCUUAUAUUUUGAAGGGUCCAGUUUAUCAUGAAUAUUGUGAAAGUCCAGAAGAAGAUCCUCAGAUUUGGGAAAAUAUUUUAUCAUGCCCAUCAGAAGAAUCUCAAAUUACUAAGGACUUUGGCAUUGAUCUUUAGCACAUGUUUGAUGAAGUCCCAUGGAGAUUUGGCCAAAAUACAGGAGCCAUAGUUCAUUACACCCUUAAUAAUUGCAUUUAUCGUUGGUCCAUGGGGAAGUACACAGACUUCAAAAUGUUUUCAGAUGAAAUGCUUUUGUCACUGGCAAGGAAGGUUCAUCUCCCUGAUGUGGAAUUCUAUCUUAAUGUUGUGGAUUGGCCUGCUGAACAUCGGAAGGCGAAUGACACACCCAGUCCUCUACCUGUCCUUUCAUGGUGUGGAUCCAUAGACACAACAGAUAUAGUCCUUCCAACUUACGAUGUCACACAUUCAACCCUUGAACUGCGUGGUGUCACAAAUGACUUGUCUGUUCAGGGAAACAGAGGACCUGUCUGGGACAACAAAGCAGAACGUGGAUUUUUUAGGGAUUGGGACAGCUGAGAAGAACAUCUUCAGCUGGUGCAUCUCUCCAAGGAAAAUCCAGAACUAAUAGAUGCUGGAAUAACAAGUUAUUUCUUCUUCAAAGAAAAGGAGAAGGAUCUGGGGAAGACUCCACUGAUGGGAUUCUUUGACUUUUUUAAGUAUAAAUACCAAGUGGGUUUAGAUGGCACGGUUGCAGCCUACCAGUUCCCAUACCUUUUACUGGGUGACAGUGUUAUAUUUAAGCAGGAUUCUCAAUACUACGAGCACUUCUAUAAGGAGCUGGCACCAUGGAGCCAUUAUAUACCAAUUAAAAGAAACUUAGGAGAAUUGAUAGAAAAACUAAGAUGGGCCAAGGAAAAUGAUGAAGAGGUCAAAAAAAUUGCUAAGGAAGGGCAGAAAGCUGCACGAGAACUACUCCAGCCUCACCGGUUUUAUUGCUACUAUUUCAAGGUGUUCCAGAAAUAUGCUCAGCACCAAGCCAGUAAACCUGAAAUACGGGAUGGAAUGGAAUUUAUACCUCAGCUUGAUGACAGGACUGUCUGCAACUACCACAGGAAAACGCCUUCUAGGGAAGAACUUUAA